AUGACGGGACAUCCUGCAGACCUUGUUAAAGAUGUCUUUUCGGUUCCCAGCUUCUCCCAAACACCGUCCAUCAGGAACGCUCUCUCCUUGUUUGCCACCAGCAUAUCAGCCGAGUUCAUCUUGUCGGUUGCGGUGAUCUACACUCUGAAUAAGGGCAGGACCGCUUCCGUGUUUCCCAACACCAUUGCGACACUUGUAACAUUAAUGCAGAUGGUUCUAAUAUCAGGGUUAGCUACGAGCUUGUAUUCGAUGUUCAUUCUAGUCGCGUUUGUCGUUUGGCCAGAUACUCUCAUAUUCCUCGGCGUCGACUGUUUACAGCCCAAAAUCUUCAUCAACUCUCUGUUGGCUAUGCUGAAUGCAAGGAAAAUGAUUCGAAAUGUAGAUCAAUCCAUCCGCCUACAAACGAUUGACUCCUCUGGAUUGGCUUCCGAAUGUGUACGGGACCACUGUAGGAAGGAUAAAGUACGUUCCCCGAUAUCCACUUGA